GGACAUCUAAGACUAACCGAUAACCAAAUCACGGUUCACACUUAAUCGGUUCAGCUCAAAAUUGAAGAGUGACCGUUCAGAAGCUAAAUGGCCUCCACCUCCAGCAGCAACUCCAACUCUGAUGAGGAUGAGGGCAGUGAGCGGGAAACACGACAUACGCGUCGGCUUGGGUGCUCCAACAAGCGCUCACAGGCAAUAAUGCCCAGACUUUCUGCUUCAACAGGCGGCUGGUUGUGUGUCCUAUUGCCCCUCGCCCUGGCAUCACGUUAUCUGCACACCUCCCCGUCCGCUUGUGUCGAUGUGGAUCAUUUGCACAAAAUGCUAACUGUGGCAGCGCUUGGAAUGUGUGUGGAGACAGUUUGCUUCUUCGUCUACAUGUUUGUUGACACGGGCAUAUUAACAAAAUGUGCCAUAAGUCUGCUGCCAGGAGCAAUAACAAGCAUCUUCUACACCCUAUUUCUGCAGACGUCGCGCACAUUUGCUGUGGUGGCUGGUUUCCUGAUCACAGUGCUCUAUCAGCAUGCAUACAUUAGUAUCCUGCGUGGAUUCCCGUAUACCUUCAGCUUUGGUGAGGCUGCAAUCUUAGUUCAGGGCCUAGCCCUGUUCGUCAUAAGUUGUAUCUAUCGCUUUGGCCAAAUGAUUGGACAGAACUGGUUCGUGGCGACAACGGAAUUUGAAGAACUUAAUGUGAUCAUGCUGAAUGCCUUAAUGUGGCUAUUGAUAUUCUGUGUGCUAAUGCGAAAGGUUCCUCUACUGAGACGACCAGGACGCUUCUAUGUCGUCUUUGGCCUGUUAAUGGUGGCUGUCACCUGUAUGCCUGUAACCAGUCGGCUACCCGUGUUAAGUUUGCUCAAUUUCAUCUUUGCCGACACAAAGAGAAUUCAAGUAAUUAUGUUUUACUUUGUGCUAGUUGGUCUCACCUGCCUCACCGUAUCAUGGCAGCUGGGCAAACAAAAUGCCAAUACCCGUAUACGUAAAAUAUUUCAUUUGCUGAUUGUCUUGGUAUUUGUGCCAGGCCUCCUCUUCCAGUGUUCACUGCUCUACAUGGCCACAGGCAUAGCCGUGGCGGCUUUCGUGGUCCUGGAACUCGUGCGUCUAUUGGACAUACCACCAUUUGCCAUGCCAUUGGCGGCAGCCUUUGAAUCUUUUAAAGAUGAAAAGGAUGGCGGCCAAUUGGCGUGGACUCCCAUGUGCUUACUAAUCGGCUGCUCCCUGCCAAUUUGGCUAACACCCUGUCCCUGUGCCGGCGGCGGUGAUAAUACUCUCGUCCUGCUUUCUGGCAUUUUGUCGGUGGGUGUGGGCGACACGGCGGCCAGUUUGGUUGGCUCCAAACUGGGUCGCAAUAAAUGGCAUGGCAAAGGCAACACACGCUCCAUUGAAGGUUCUGUGGCAUUUGUUUUGUCCAUUUUAUUGACCGUUUGGCUAAUGCAAAUCUUUGGUCUCCUUGCCAUGACCCAAGCGAAAUGGUUCGCCACCAUCUUUGCGGCUCUAAAUUCAGCACUUGUUGAGGCAUUUACCGAUCAAGUGGACAAUUUGGUUUUACCCCUAGUCUUUUACAUACUCGUUGGCCUGGCCUAAACACAAAAAAACCAAAAUCAAAAACAAAAACUUAACAACAUUCAAACAAAAAAUGUGCGUGUAAAUGUUAGUUGUGAUUACAUCCAUUCCUUCAAUUUAAGUUUAAGUUUAAAAUGUAAAAUAAGGCAUAUGAACAUUUUCAUAUCAUUGUUAUAAUAAAAAGGACGAAACAAUCCUCUCUAUCUAUAAGUAGUAGAUUAAGAAUGUGUUUUAACACUUACUUCCAUUGAUAUAUUGAAUGAAUUUAGAACUUUAAAGAAAAACUUAUGAAUUGUAUAGCUUUUCAAUGUAAUAAGUGCUUAUCUUUGGGUUACUGAGUCACUCAAUUAAAUUUGAUCUUAUUUUGUAUAGAAAA